AUGGGCGAGUCAACUGCCUUUAAUAGAUUUCACGAUUGGGACUCAAAAGGUCGUGGUGGUAUUGAAGAUUCUGAAUUGAAUACUAUUCAUCAAAAUACUUCAAUUCGACAUUAUGCAGGGAACAUAUGGGAUCCUUCACCUCACGAAGUUAUUCGUAUUGAAUAUGAUCCAAAUCGUUCUUCUCAUUUGGCUUUGUUACGAAAUACAAUCAAUGAGACAUAUUCUUAUGUUAUUGCUCCAUAUAAUCUUCAACCUGGUACUAUUCGUAGCAGCCAUGCUAAUCUUCUCUGUAUCGUUCCAAUUUUAAUAAGUGUCGCUAUUAUAAGAUCAUUUCGUCAAUCUCCAAAUAAAAAAGGUAAUUGUAUGCCAUUAAAAUUAAUUCCGGUUGGGACUACAAUAAAUUGUAUUGGAUUAAAACCUGAUGGUCCUGCAAUAUUAUGUCGUUCGGCUGGAGUUUCUGCUCAAUUGGUUCGUACAGGUGAGAAAGGUUAUGCACAAGUAAAAUUAAAAAGUGCAGGUAGAAGUAGAUGGUUAUGUGUUAGACCAACUGUUAGAGGUGUUGCAAUGAAUGCUGUUGAUCAUCCUCAUGGUGGUGGAAGAGGUAAAAGUAAAGGAAAUAGAUAUCCUGUAAGUCUUUGGGGUGUUUUAGCUGGUUUUAGCUAA